AGCAGAGUACCAGGUGUGUAUUGUGAAGAGGUGAAUUGAAUGGCUGUAUUUUUCAUUCUUUCUUCUGUUGUAAAAGAAUGUCAAAAGCAAGUUCGUUCAUCACUUUCUUGUCUUCCUGUAGUCAUUUUCAUUGCUUUUAUAUUCUUUCCACUAAUUCUUCUCUCUUCCUCUACUUCCUACAGUCAUUUUCAUUUAAGUUUUCUAUUCAUUUCACUAAUUCUUUUCACUCUCUAUUUCUUAUAGCCAUUUUUAUUACUCUUUCUUUUUCUCCUCUCUCCCUCCAUGUCUCACAGCCAUUUUCAUUGUCCUUUUCUAGUUCACUAAUUCUUCUCACUUCCUCUGCUUCAAGAUAACUGGACCACAGGAGCAUGUUGCCACAGCUCUAGGGAAACUGUGCACAUCCCUCAGCAGUAACAUAGCUAUCCCAGUAGUGACAGGAUACUUAGACACUCACUACAAUGCAAGGAAAGUUUACGUCGAGGACCAGAUCUUGCGCUGCUCUUGGAGAAACAUUGUGCAUCUCUUGAACGAGAGUGAGACUGGGGACCCUCUUCUAGAUAAUCAGAAUGGUUCUGAAGUUAGCCUUGUGUCUUCUGUCCCUAAGGAUCCUCCAGUCCUUGCAUCUCCCCUUUGGCACCAUAUCUUGUGCUGCUCUCAGAAAAACGUGCUUCUCUGGAAUGAAACUGAGAGUGAGGAUGGUGUUUCAGGUGCUGGGAAUAGUACUGAACUUAGUCUCAUUUCUGGUGUCCCUGUGCAUCUCCCAGUCCUUAUAUUAAUGUGAUGUCUUGCUAACUCUCAUGCUGUCUCACUCAGUUUGGUACAAUUGUUUACUGCAAGUUUAGAGUUUAGUUUUCAAUGUAAGGUCACUGAUAGUAAAAGGAGUGGUUGAAUGCUUCUCUUUCUCAUUUUGUCUUCCUUUUCCUUGUCCUCUUCCUCAUUUACUUGCAUUUCUCUCAUUCUCUACCUCCUGGUCUUUUCCUUCAUCCUUCUCUCUCUCUCUCUCUCUCUCUCUCUCUCUCUCUCUCUCUCUCUCUCUCUCUCUCUCUCUCUCUCUCUCUCUCUCUCUCUCUCUCUCUCUCUCUCUCUCUCUCUCUCUCUCUCUCUCUCUCUCUCUCUCUCUCUCUCUCUCUCUCUCUCUCUCUCUCUCUGCAGGAUGGCCAAGGAAAUCCUUCUCAAAUACCCUGAGAUCCUCCAUGCCGCUCAACCCUUCUUCCUCUCCCUCAAGUUUGUGGGUGCUGGUGGCUCUCUCCUGGAUGGAGCAGUUUUCGUGGAUCUAUUUACCUGAGAGCAACUUGUCAACAAUUCCUGUAGAUGUCGUCAUCAGCGAGGUCAGUGUUAGAUACCAACUUGCUGCUCAGGUGUCUGUUGUACCUGCUGGCUGGCAUCUCCACUUUGUCUCUCCUGGCUUGGUGGUGUAUCCUGAAAAUUUGAAGAUCCAGGAGAACUCUGUCACCAAGAACGUGCAAAUGAAUGUCAUUGGGUGGCUGAUGGCAGCUCCUCAAGUGAACCCAGAGAUCACUGGGCUAAAGUACAGCAAGAUGGGUGCCUUGGAGAAGCUGUGCCUUGAGUUGAAGGCUGCAGUCACCAUCAGAAAAGAGCAAAGCUGCAACAAGUCAUCCAAGUACUUUGUCAAGAAGGUUUAUGUUGAAGGUAACCUCCUGCACUGCUCUCAGGAGAACAGUGGGACUCAUGGACGCCUCCAAGACCCACAGAGGAUUGGAAGGCAUAAAUUCAAUCUUGGAUAACUAUUGACAUUUAAAACUGUUGACUCCACUUGUCAGAUUGUAGGUGGGAAAGUUUUAGGGUUGAUUGAUGGGAACAUUGUUGAUCUAAAUUCUUUUUUGGUAAAGUACUGUAAAUCACUUGCAUGUGAAGUUUCAAAUGGAUGAAAUAGCAUGAAUGGUAUUGUAGUUGAAUUGUUCUUUGUAGCUGGAAAAAAAAAUUAGGGUUGAUUGAUGGGAAAACUAUUGUUUAAAAUCCUUUUAUUGUAAACUAGAUCAUGUACAUAGUUGUGAAUUUUUUUUUGGAAAUGAAAUAGCAUGAAUGAUGAUGAUGAUGUUUGUGUUGUACUAUGGGUAAACCAUUGGAAAAAAUGUAGUAGUUGUGAACAAAAUUGGAUUAACUAAACAUCACUGAGGUUGUAGUUGUG